GUAUUUAUUCAAGCUGCAACGCGAACGCGAUAAGCCCAGUGUCACAUGUAUACUCUUUAAGUGUCACUGUCAUGACAAUCAAUCAAAGACGCUCAACUGUCAACUGUACAAAAAAUAAAAAUAUUAAAAAUCCCGCCUAAACUAAAGUGAAAAUUUCAUCAUUUCGGAUUUGCCUUUAACACUGCUUUUUCCCUUUCGUAUAUAGUAAAAUCGCUUUAAUCAUGAAUUCACCAAAAGCCAAUUCCCCGUCUUUCAAAAAUUUAAGGACUAAACAAAAACAGUCCCCAAUAGCUAUUAAAGAAAAACUUAAAAAGGAUUACAAAGAAAAGGUGCAUAAUUGCCGUAAUAUGCUUCUGGACAAAUUCCGAGGGUCUGCGGAUGAAACUGAACUUCGGGACACUUUGAUAACAAUUUAUAAAAGUAUGUUUGGAUUUUCUAAAUUUGAAGAAUCAGAUGAAGAAAGUGAAGUGCUAAAUGAGAUAAAAAAUGAACUUAUUGAUGAAGAAUUACAAUGGUGCUUGGAGGAAUAUGAAAAAUCACAAAUGGAUAAUGUUGAUUGGUCAGUUUUAGAACAAGAAGAUGUCACAUGUCCUGUUUGCCAAAAGAAGAAUUUUAAAUAUGAAGAUGGAAUAGUAUCUUGUCCUAAUUGUCAUGUUAAUAUUAAAACACAAAGUACUUUACAAGAAAUAAAAAAAGUAAUUCUUGAUUCUAUUGAUAAACAUUCUAAAAAUUGUAAUGAGACAGCUGAAUUCACAUCAGUUCCUGAAUUAAAUGACACACAUAUAUAUUUAAUAUGUGCACAAUGCACGGACAUACAGCUGAUAUUAUAAUGUAUUCAUCUAAAAGUUUAAAAAUAUUGUGAUGUAUAUGCAUAUUAACAAUAACUUUUGAUAUACUCAUUUCAUAAAGUUAUGGCCAUAUGAUUAUAACUUUUUGAUUCUCUGCUUCCUCCAUUCUACUAUGCCUUCUAGAGUUAAUU